GCAGCAGACCGUAGGUCGGUAUCAGGGGGGAUCGUGACGUGCGGAGAGGCGCCGUGUCUUGGUUUUCCAGAACGCAGAAGUGUGUCACGCUUUUGACCACCGAAGCAGAGUACGUCGCGCUAGGUGACGUAGUGAAGGAGAUUUUGUUUUUGAGGCAGAUUUGGCGUUUCAUGUUGCCGCAGGUCGGCAUGCCGUGUAUCCCCAUCUUCGAGGACAACCAGGGGGCGAUUCAACUAGCGCAGAACCCCAUCUCAAACUCGAACUCGAAGCACAUAGAUGUAAGGCACCAUUUUCUCAGGAAACUGGUAGAGAGAAAGGAAAUUUUGGUCAUCCACGUGCC